AUGGCUGACGAAUCGGCUCUGGCGGCCGCUGCUGCCAUGGUCAAAUCUUUGGCAACCGACUCGAAGCUCUCGACGCCUGUUCACCCUGGCAGUGAGCCCAUCUGCACACUCCCCGGCCCUUCCAGCUCUGCCAAGAACUCUCUCGAAAGCGAGCUUUCCGCUCUCGCUGCCCGCAUUCAACGUUUGGAGGCCAAGGCUAGCAUCUCGAGUGCUCCCAGCAUCUUUCCGGCAACCCCAAGUGAGACUGCUGACUCCAUGUUCGGAGUCGAGUCUUCAUCCCCGACCUCCGCUACUGGCAAGUCAUACAUGCGAUCAAAGAUCUCCCCAGCAGUUCCCGCCCGCAGUAUCGCACAAGAUGAGCGGUCGGUCAAGACAAUCCCUCUGAGCGAUGAGGCUCUUGAGGGUCUCCGAGAACACAUCGACGACCAAUCCAAAUUACUCGACAACCAGCGCCAGGAGUUGUCGCAUGUGAACGCGCAGCUCGUGGAGCAGAAGCAAUUGCAAGAAAAGGCUCUUAGGCUCUUGGAAGAGGAGCGCGUCGCUGCUCUCGAAAGGGAGCUCUGGAAGCAUCAAAAGGCCAACGAGGCUUUCCAGAAAGCUCUACGUGAGAUUGGUGAGAUUGUUACAGCGGUAGCUCACGGUGAUCUCAGCAAGAGAGUGCGUAUGAACUCGGUAGAGAUGGACCCGGAAAUUACUACUUUCAAGCGCACCAUCAACACCAUGAUGGACCAGUUGCAGGUCUUCUCUAGCGAGGUCUCACGAGUCGCUCGUGAAGUCGGCACAGAUGGAAUUCUUGGUGGCCAGGCUCGAAUUGCAGGGGUCGACGGUACCUGGAAAGAGCUCACUGACAACGUCAACGUCAUGGCCCAGAACUUAACUGAUCAAGUGCGAGAGAUUGCUUCCGUCACUACUGCUGUCGCUCAUGGCGAUCUCACCAAGAAGAUCGAAAGACCAGCCAAGGGAGAGAUACUCGAGCUCCAACAGACAAUAAACACCAUGGUUGUACAACUUGGCACGUUCGCUGCAGAGGUCACACGCGUCGCCCGUGAUGUAGGCACAGAGGGUAUGCUCGGGGGACAGGCCGAUGUCAUGGGUGUGCAGGGUAUGUGGAACGAAUUGACGGUAAACGUCAACGCCAUGGCGAACAAUCUCACGACCCAAGUCCGAGACAUUGCUAAGGUCACUACCGCUGUCGCCAGAGGUGACCUCACACAAUUGGUUCAGGCUGAAUGCAGGGGCGAGAUCCUGGAACUCAAGUCGACAAUAAACUCUAUGGUUGGCCAGCUGCAACAGUUUGCUGCCGAGGUCACCAAGAUUGCCAGAGAAGUCGGCACCGAAGGACGCCUGGGCGGACAAGCAACCGUCAACGACGUCCAAGGCACAUGGCGCGAUCUUACCGACAACGUUAACGGCAUGGCCAUGAACCUGACCACGCAAGUUCGCGAGAUCUCCAAGGUCACCACAGCCGUAGCAAAGGGCGAUCUAAGCACUAAGAUCAGUGUUGAGGCAAGAGGUGAGAUCUUAUCGCUCAAGAACACCAUAAACACCAUGGUAGAUCGUCUUAGUACCUUUGCAUUCGAGGUCACCAAACUCGCUAAAGAGGUCGGGACCGAUGGCACACUUGGCGGCCAAGCUCGUGUGGACGACGUUGAGGGCAAAUGGAAGGACCUUACCGAAAACGUCAAUACCAUGGCAUCCAACCUUACGUCUCAAGUACGGGGUAUCUCUACGGUCACGCAAGCCAUUGCAGAUGGUGACAUGAGCCAGAAGAUCACUGUCACCGCUGGAGGCGAGGUUGCCCUUCUGAAAGACACCAUCAACAACAUGGUUGACCGACUGUCCGUUUUCUGCAACGAAGUACAACGAGUGGCCAAGGAUGUCGGCGUUGAUGGCAAGAUGGGCGGUCAAGCCGAUGUCGCUGGUUUAAAGGGUCGCUGGAAGGAGAUCACGGCCGAUGUCAAUACGAUGGCGACCAACUUGACCACCCAAGUACGUGCCUUCGGCGACAUCACCAAUGCUGCUACCGAUGGGAACUUCACAAAACUAGUUGACGUUGAGGCAUCGGGCGAGAUGGAUGAAUUGAAGCGCAAGAUCAACCAAAUGGUUUACAACCUGCGAGACAGUAUUCAAAGGAACACACUAGCCAGAGAAGCUGCUGAACAAGCCAACAAGACCAAGUCCGAAUUCCUGGCAAACAUGUCGCACGAGAUCCGUACACCAAUGAAUGGCAUUAUAGGAAUGACCCAGCUCACCUUGGAUACCGACCUAACCCAAUACCAGCGAGAAAUGCUCAACAUUGUCAACAAUCUAGCCAACAGUCUCUUGACCAUCAUUGACGACAUUCUCGAUUUGUCCAAGAUCGAGGCCAAGAGAAUGGUUAUUGAAGAGAUCCCGUAUACGUUACGUGGUACAGUCUUCAACGCCCUGAAGACUCUCGCUGUCAAGGCAAACGAGAAGUUUUUGGACUUGACAUACUACGUAGAUAGUUCUGUGCCCGACUACGUCGUAGGCGAUUCUUUCCGCUUGAGGCAAAUCAUUUUGAACCUCGUUGGCAACGCCAUCAAGUUUACUGAGCACGGAGAGGUCCGGCUUUCAAUCCAGCAAGCCAAGAAACCAACACCUAGAGACCAUAACGAGUACGCUCUGGAGUUUGUUGUUUCCGAUACGGGAAUAGGAAUUCCGCAGGACAAGCUCGACCUUAUCUUUGACACGUUCCAACAAGCAGAUGGCUCCAUGACGCGUAAAUUUGGCGGCACUGGUCUCGGUCUUUCGAUUUCCAAGAGAUUGGUCAGCCUCAUGGGUGGUGAUGUUUGGGUCCGGAGCGAUGUCGGUAAGGGCAGUUCAUUCUACUUCACUUGCGUUGUCAGACUGGCAGGUGGUGAUCUGUCUCUAAUUGAGAAGCAACUCAAACCAUACAAGGGUCACCAAGUCUUCUUUGUUGAUAGGGGCCGAACAGUCUUUGGCAAGCAGAUUGUAUCAUCCCUCCGUGAUCUCGGCUUGGUUCCGGUUGUGGCCACUCAAGAAAGUUAUCCUGGGCUCGGAUCUGACGAGCCUCCUUUCGACGUCAUCAUCGUCGACUCGGUUGAGACUGCUCGCAAGCUAAGGGCGAUUGACCAAUUCAAAUACCUACCCAUCGUGCUAUUAGCUCCACCGACUCACAUCAGCUUGAAGUCCUGCUUAGACCUAGGUAUUACUUCGUAUCUAACAACCCCCUGCGCCCCCAUCGAUCUCGGAAAUGGAAUGGUGCCAGCCCUAGAGAACCGUGCGACUCCAUCACUAGCAGACAACACCAGGUCCUUCGAAAUUCUACUGGCUGAGGACAACCGUGUGAACCAGCGCUUGGCGGUCAAGAUCCUCGAGAAAUACCAUCAUGUUGUCACCGUAGUUGGUAAUGGUUUGGAAGCUGUGGAAGCCAUACAGAAGAAGAAAUUCGACGUUAUUCUUAUGGAUGUACAGAUGCCCAUAAUGGGUGGAUUUGAAGCCACAGGCAAGAUCCGCGAGUACGAACGCAGUUUAGGCUCUCAUCGAACACCUAUUAUCGCCCUCACUGCACACGCCAUGAUGGGUGACCGGGAGCGCUGCAUCCAAGCGCAAAUGGACGAAUACCUUUCGAAGCCACUACAGCAGAACCAUCUUAUCCAGACCAUUCUCAAGUGCGCCACACUUGGCGGUCAGUUACUUGAGAAGAAUCGGGAGAGGGAGCUUACCCGUAAGACUGAUGAGACACCAGACACCAAGGGUCACCCGAGUCAAUUGCGUCCUAACCUCGAGGCCCGAGCAAUGUCGUCAACCUCGAAGCUGAACGCUGCAAGCCCAUCUCUCGUCAAAGCAGAUGAAGAUGACCCCAUGAAAUUAGCGGCACGUAGAAGUCUUUCCGACAUUGUUCAAAAGCCAGCCAACUAA